AUGAUGCAACUUGCUUCCUGGCUCUUCCGCGCUUCGCUGGUGGACAUGCCUGGACACGUUCAUGCGCUUCCGUGCACGCGUGGACAGCAAGUGGAAGCCUAUUGGGCUGGUGAGGUCGACUUUGGAGAUGGCAUUGGAGAGCCAUGCAACCCCUCAAUACAUGACUGUUGGUUCGACGCUGAGGUCCAGGACGGUCCAGACCCCCACGGAAUCUACCAGGUCCAAUGGGCGGAUGGAGGGUGGACGGACCGGUCACCGGUGCAUGCCACGCAGCUUCGUGACCGGACCGGGGCACCGUGCCCGGUCACCCACGCAGCGCUUACCGCGCGGACGGCGGUCCUGGUGCUCCCCACGCUGCUGCUGCGACUGCAUUGGGAGGCUGCGGAGAUGGAGUGGCGAGAGAAAGCGGUGGCGGAACUGCGAAGGGAGCUGUUGCCACAUGAGGUGAUGGCCGAGUUUGAUUGGCACCUCAUCCUUCGCUUUCAGGAGGUUGCAGCCUGUGAACGGGCUCUUUCGCUGUUGAGAGCAGGAGCUCAUGCUCAGUCAUGCGACGAUGGCAGUGCAGGUCAUUGCCAUCCAUUUGUGCAAAAGAUUGAGCAUGCCAUGUGUGGGGAGGUGCCCAAAAGAGCUUCCCAACUCCAGGAGCUAUAA